AUGCGUGGUGCUCUCAACUUCGCUCUGUGGAUCGGCAGCUCUUACGCUACAUACAAAUGCAUCUACAAAGAUGACCUUUUCCCUUACGGUGCCCACCAGUCUGCUCGCCAGGAGGCCAUCAACGCUCGCGAGUAUGUGACGGCCCGCCACUGUGGAGAUUUCGGAGAGAACCAAGGCUGCUGCCUCGACUUGCAAGAUCAGAGCUAUCAACCGAAGUACUACCAGUGUCGUCCGCAUUGCAUCGCGCCAGACGCUCGCUGUGCAAUCUUCAGCGAUGGUACCGCAGACUGCGGCUGUGAGAAUGCGAAACAUGGCAGUGCUUGCUAG